UGUUCACAGCCCUCCUUGAGCGUCCUCCUUGGGAUGAGCCGUGCACAAAGCCAUGCGCAGGCUUUGUUGGGGGAGAAGCGAUCGGGGCUGCAGCAGCGCCGGCGAAGGAUCAGCAGGAGAGCAGCUGCCCGGCCCCGUUCUCUGCUGCCGCCCAGACGAUGCUGUUUCUCCAGCCGGUGCUUUGGGGAGGCGGCGCCGCGCGGGCCGCAGCCACAGCUCUCCAUUAGCGCCGUUCAUAAUUAACCUCGGAGCGCCGCGCUCCCCCCGCAGCUCCGGGGCGGUGGCGCUGCCCGCGGGGCGGCGAUCGCGGAGCGGCCGGGCCUGCGCGGCGGGCGGCGAGGAGGGGGCUGGGCAGCGCCCGCGGAUAUCAUGGAGCUCCUUGAGGAAGAUCUCACCUGUCCCAUUUGCUGUAGCCUGUUUGAUGAUCCCCGUGUCCUGCCCUGUUCACACAAUUUCUGCAGAAAGUGUCUGGAAGGAAUUCUUGAAGGAAAUGUGCGGAAUGUGCUUUGGAGACCAUCGCCUUUCAAAUGCCCCACAUGCAGGAAGGAAACUCCCGUUACUGGAGUCAACAGCUUGCAAGUCAACUACUCCCUGAAAGGUAUCGUGGAGAAGUACAACAAAAUCAAAGUCGCUCCAAAAAUGCCUGUGUGUAAAGUGCACAGCGGGCAACCGCUUAACAUUUUUUGCCGGACAGACAUGCAGCUCAUCUGUGGGGUUUGUGCCACCCGUGGUGACCACACAAAGCACGUGUUCUGUUCUAUCGAAGAAGCGUAUUCCCAGGAGAAGCGGGCUUUUGAAACCCUGUUUCAGGGCUUUGAAACUUGGCGUUGUGGAGAUGCCCUCUCGCGGCUGGAUACUUUAGAAACCAGUAAGAGGAAAGCCCUGCAGAUGCUGACCAAAGAUUCGGACAAAGUGAAGGAGUUCUUUGAGAAGCUGCAGCACACGCUGGAGCAGAAACGGAAUGAGAUCCUCUCUGACUUUGAGACCAUGAAGCUUGCAGUGAUGCAGGCCUACGAUCCAGAAAUCAAUAAACUGAACACGAUUCUGCAAGAGCAAAGGAUGGCUUUUAACAUCGCAGAGGCCUUCAAGGAUGUGUCUGAACCCAUUAUAUUUCUGCAACAGAUGCAGGAGUUCAGGGAAAAAAUCAAGGUGCUCAAAGAAACCCCUUUACCUUGUUCCACUGUGGACAUCAGCCCUACAAUGAAGAGCUUUGAUACCAGCCAGUGGAAUGGAAUAAGACUAGUUGAUGUGGACAAACUUUCCUUGCCUCAGGAAAACAACACCCAUAAAUUCAAGAUUCCCUCAGUCUUUUCACGCAGAUUUAUAAUGACCUCUCUUAUUUGCUUGCUUAUUCUUGCUGCCACCAGAAUGUCCUUCGUGGAGUCAGUUGUUGACAAUCUCCAGUGUUGGAAAUCUCAGUUCUUUACAAUUGGCUUGUCCUAUUUGGCAGAUACAGUGGAAAUAGCAGACCAUGCAGUCUUCUACUGGGAACAAAUGACAGAUGGAGCCUCACUUCUAAGAGAAAAGUGUAAAAACUAUACAUUGGUUGUACUGGAUAAUGUUGCACAGUUUGUGUGCAAAUACAAACUGUUGUGA